UUCAAUUUCAUGGAAGGCCAACAACAAUUAACUGCUUCAACUCUUUUGAAACUGUCACCAAAACAAAAACAAUAACAUAAUAAAGACAAACACAAAACUUGCAGUUAUGAUCAAAUCAAUCAAUGAACACAAAAAAACAUAAAACAUUAUAUUUUUCCUCAUUUCUUCUAUGGCUUUCAAUAGUAUGAUCAUUCUUUUCUGUCUUGUUUUUCAUAUUUUUUCAUUACAAACAUGUUAUUGCCAAAACAAUUCUCCACAAAACAUAGAAACUUUUUAUCCAAAUCAAACUUCACCCUCAUCACCACCAACAAAUCAACCACCAAAGGCACAACCACCCUCACUACCACCUCAAGGACCAAUUGCGGUAUCGAAAAGUAGUUCAUCAAAUGGUGGUAAGAUAGCAAAGUUUGUGGCUGCAACUGCAGCCAUCACUAUAGUUAUUUGUGGUUUGAUCUUUAUUUUAGCUAAAAGGUGUUUAAGAAAAAGAAAGAGAUCAGGAGAGAUAAAUAACAUUGCUUCUGAUGGAGAUAGGCAACAAGUUGUUGUGCCUAAAGGGAAUGUUUUUGAAAGAAUUGACGGAAAUGUGAGAGGAUUAAUUGUUGAUGAAGAUGGUUUAGAUGUGAUUUAUUGGAGAAAACUUGAAGAGAAGAAUUCCAACAAGGAUCUUUAUAAAAAUGUGUUGAAUAGUCCUAAAAACAAAGAAGUUGGAGAAGAUAGUCAUGAAGAAAAUCAAGUGAAAAAAUCUAAGUCCAUUCAAGAAAUACCUCUUCUUAGAGGAAAAUCUUCAGCUUCACACAUAUUUCAAGAAGAGGAUGAUCUAUAUAGAAUUCCAAGAAUUCAAUCUCAACCAUCCACAAAUGAUGGUGUUCAGAAACAAGGCUUUCAAUCUCAACCAUCCAUUCUACCAUCAAUUUCAGCAGCUGCAGCACCACCUGCACCUCCUCCAAUACCAGCUAGGAAGAGUCAGGCACCACCACCACCUCCUCCAAUGAAGACAAGUAUUUUGACUUCAUCAUCAAAAGCUAUUCCUCAAAGCAAUCAAAGAAACUCUUCAGGGAAAGGCAUGAUGCAAGAAUCCAACAAUGAUCAAGUGAAAUUGAAGCCUUUGCAUUGGGAUAAAGUGAACACUAAUGCUGCUGAUCAUUCCAUGGUUUGGGACAAAGUCGAUCGCGGUUCGUUCAGGGUUGAUCAAGAUCUUAUGGAAGCUCUCUUUGGUUAUGUUGCAACAAACCGAAAAUCACCUCAGCAAAAGACUCAUUCAACAACUCCAAGCAAUGAUGCCUCAACAAAUAUUUUCCUUCUUGAUCCUAGAAAAUCACAGAACAUUGCUAUUGUGUUGAAAUCACUAGCCGUCCCACGAGGCGAAAUUCUUGAUGCACUCAUUGAUGGAAAAGGCCUAAAUGCAGAUACACUUGAAAAGCUUUCUAGACUUUCACCAACAGAAGAAGAGAAAUCUCUUGUCCUUGAUUAUAAAGAAGAUCCAGCAAAACUUGCUGCAGCAGAAUCAUUUUUAUAUUACAUCCUUAAAGCCGUUCCUUCGGCUUUUAAGCGCUUGAAUGCGAUGCUAUUCAGGGUGAACUAUGACUCAGAGGUUAUGGAAAUCAACGAUUCUUUGCAAAUCAUUGAAUUGGGAUGUAAAGAACUUAGAAGUCAAGGGCUUUUUUUGAAGCUUCUAGAAGCAGUUCUGAAGGCCGGGAAUCGAAUGAAUGAUGGAACUUCUAGAGGUAAUGCUCAAGCGUUUAACUUGAAUUCACUAAGGAAACUCAAUGAUGUCAAAAGCAACAAUGGAAAAACCACAUUACUUCACUUUGUAGUUGAAGAAGUAGUCCAAUCUGAAGGAAAACGUGCCGUUCUUAACCGGAAUAGCAGCCUAACCCGAAAUAUCAGUCAAAACAGAAGCAGCAACAUGUAUGGCAACUUAGAAACAAAUGUUGUUUCAGAUGAAAGAAAAGAAAGGGAAUACAAAAUGUUAGGACUAUCAAUUGUAGGAGGAAUAAGUUCUGAAUUUUCCAAUGUUAAAAAAGCAGCAAAUAUGGAUUAUAAUAGUUUAAUUGGUUCAAUUUCAGCACUAUCUGUUAAGCUAAUUGAGAUUCAAGAACUUGUUUCACAGUGUGAGAAUGGUGAGAGAGGAAAUUUUGUGAAAGAAAUGAACCAUUUUAUUGGAAAUGCUGCGGAAGAAUUGAAACUAGUGAGGGAAAAAGAAACAAGUGUGUUGCAGAUUCUUAGUAAAACAAAACAGUAUUAUGAAUGUGGGGGUUCAAAAGAGAAAGAAGAAAAUAAUCUUCAACUAUUUGGUAUAGUUAAGGAUUUCUUGGGAAUGGUUGAUCAGGUUUGCAUUGAAAUUGCACUUGACAUGCAGAAGAAGAAUCCUAAGAGGUAUCAGAACAAAUAAGUCCUGAGAUUUUCAAAAAAUGUUGUUGGAACAUACAAUGUCAUAUAACUCUAGAAAUGGCCAAAGUGAUUCAACUAUUGCUAGAGUUUUGUUGUUUGGAUCAAAGCCUUGGGACCUCUUCGGAUUGGCUUAUUUGAGGUUAUUUACUGCCACAAACACCUAUGAACUAUUUGAAGGAACCUACAGAAACGGCCUAUAACAUGUCUAUAAGUUGUUUUCAGCUUAUUUUCAUAAGCUAUACAGGAUAACUUACGAAAACAACUUGUACUUUAUAUGAAAACAGUUUGACUUUAUUUGCUUUUUGGUUAUCCGCUUAUAGUUUAUAUGCCAUCACUUAUAUGAUAAACACUUAUGCUAUAAGCGGCUAAUUAAGUUGUUAAUCCAAACAGACUGAGAGUUUUUGGAUGACCUACGACUACGACUAAAGACUGUGCUUCCCCGUUGAUAGUAUAGAAGUAGUAAUGUGGAAGACAACUAUGAUUUUAAAUUCAUUAUUUGUUUGUUUUAUUUAUAUGUUUAUCAUUGUUGAAAUAUUACACCAUUAACCAGAACUUAGUUGUAUUCUUCUGA